ACCAUCUCCUAACCACACACCCACACUCCAUCAUGGCACCCAUCGCACCUCCCGUCCUCUGGGCACAGCGCUCGUCGGAGGACGAGCCGGAGAAGAACAUCGUGCUCCUGACCAUCGAGGCGCCUAACCUGCAGCCGGCGCCCGCCACCAAGCUCGAGCUCAAGCCCACCGGCUUCUCCUUUGAGGCAAAGGUCGGCGACAAGGCAAAGGGCAUCGAGGAGAAGGAGUACAAGUUCGACCUCGACACGUUUGGCGAGAUCAUCCCCGAAGAGUCCAAGAUCCACCAGACGACGAAGCACAUCUUUGUCGUGCUGCGCAAGAAGGAGCAGAAGCUGGAGUACUGGCCGCGCCUCUCCAAGGACAAGGCGCGGCUGCACAACGUCAAGACGGACUUCGACAAGUGGGUCGACGAGGACGAGCAGGAUGGCGCGGAGGACCCGACGAGCGGCAUGGAGGGCAUGGGCGGCAUGGACCCGCGGAUGAUGGCACAGAUGGGCGGCGGCGGCAUGGGCGGCAUGGGCGGCAUGGGCGGCAUGGGCGGCAUGGGCGGAGGCAUGGGCGGCAUGGACAUGGCCUCGAUGCUGGGCGGCAUGGGCGGCGGUGCAGGAGGCGCCGGCGGCAUGGACCUCAACGCGCUCAUGCAACAGAUGCAGGGCGGCGGCGCAGGCGGCAUGCCUGACUUCGGCGACGACGACGACGAGGAGGGCGACGAUGAGGAGGAGGCUCCGGCUGCUGCUGAUGCUUCGGCACCGGCUGCGUCGGCUGCGGACGUCGAGAAGGUCGACUAA